AUGGUACUGCCUAAUAAGUCAGAUAAAGUAGAACGUGGUAUUGCAGGUCACCAUGUUAAGACCGGCACCUGUGAGGUAGUGGCUUUGCACAGAUGCUGCAAUAAGAACAAAAUCGAGGAGCGCUCCCAGACAGUGAAGUGCUCCUGUUUUCCGGGACAAGUAGCGGGAACAACACGUGCUGCUCCUUCCUGUGUUGAUGCCUCAAUAGUUUUACAGAAAUGGUGGUGUCAGAUGCAGCCGUGCCUGGAAGGAGAGGAAUGUAAAGUCUUGCCAGAUCGCACUGGUUGGAGCUGUGCCUCUGGGAAUAAAGUAAAAACAACCAAGCUGGUGGUUGGAAAUUGGUAG